AUGUAAGGGUUAGAUUCAGGCAAGUCUCUUUACUAAAAAAAAGAAGAAUCUUAGUUAUUCACUCAGACAAAUGAAAAUCCAGAUAUCAUAAAUUCUAAGUAGUUUAAAGUAAGUAGGUUUAAUAGCUUAAAUAAAUAAAACAGCAUAAUUAGAAAAAAAACAAUAAGCUAAGUAAAUGAAAUAGAUGAAUAAAAGUUACAAAACGGAUUUCAUUCUCCUUUUACAAAUUAUGUAAGUAAUUUAGAGGAGUAACAGCAAAAAGAUAGUAUCAUCAAGACUAAUAGCUUUUGCAUUUAGAAUGAGUUUUAAUCAGAAAAUGAAGGUUCUCCAUCAUCUCAAAAAAGCAGAGGGAGAGCUAUCUAACGUUAUUCUUUUAAAGAUUUUGAUACUUUGAAUAGCAAUCCUGGUUUAAAAAUUAACGUAGAAGAUGUUUUUAGCUAUGAGUAUCUAUAGUUUAUAAAUGAUAACUCGUACAUACCUUCGGAUGGUUUUUAUUAAAAGUAAAAGCAAAAGUUGAAAAAAAUUUAGUAAUAGAAAAGCUAAAAAAAAGUGAGAGAGAGUAUCCUUUCCAAAUUUUUUAGGUAUAGGAAAAUUAAUUAAGUAGCUGAUAAUGAAAUUGAAAAUAAAGAUUACAUUGGAAAAAGAACAUAAUAUUAGGUGAAAAAAAGGAAAUAUGAUUUCAUAAUCUCUCCUGAUUCUCCAUUUAGAAUAACAUGGGAUAUUUCUAUUAUGAUGCUGAUCAUUUAUGCGAUAAUACUAAUCCCUUUUAGAGUUUCAUUUGAUCCAAAUGAUUAGUUUAGUAUGUUGGUACAGUUAGAUAAUAUAUUUGAUUUUGUUUUUUUAGGAGAUAUUCUUCUAAAUUUCAAUACUGCAAUCUAUAGAAAAGGUAAUUUGAUAAGAAAAAGAAAGUAAAUUGCUAUUGAAUAUCUAAAAAUAUGGUUUUGGAUAGAUUUAUUUAGUUCUUUUCCUUAUGAUAUGGUAGUUUAAUCAGUUAUUAAUAAAGAAGAAUAAUAACUACAGACAUAUGAUACCCAAGCUUAAGCAAAUACCAGUUCAAAUUAGUCGAAUUAAUCUUCUUCUUCUUCUGCAUAAUUUUCCUUACAAAAAGCAUAAUAAAUUAUUAGAAUUCUAAAAAUAUUUAAAAUAAUGAAAGUAUUAAAGCUAUUAAGAGUAGUAAAACUCAAGUUCAUAAUUGAAAAGCUGGUUGAAUAUCUUAAACUUUCAAAAUCUAUGUUAGGAAUACUAGGAUUUUUAAAACUCUCCUCUAUAAUAUUAUUUAUUGCUCACUGGGUUGCAUGCAUGUGGUUUUAUGUAGGAAGUUAAUUUCCUGAUAAUGGAUGGAUUGUUUCAUAAGAUUUGUAAAAUGAAACUUGGUAGUUUUAAUAUGUAACUUCAAUAUAUUGGGCAAUAACUACUAUGGUGACUGUUGGAUAUGGAGAUAUUGUUCCAAAAAAUUUAGAAGAGAGGCUGUUUGUCAUAUUUGUCAUGCUUAUGGCUUGCGGUAUUUUUGCAUAUACAAUGAAUACAAUGGGAUCUGUGCUUUCAUAGAUAGAGAGCUUUUCUUCAGAAUACAAAAAGGAAAUUUAGCAAGUGAACAUAUACUUAGACAAUAAAAAAAUUAAAUUAGAAUUGAAAAUUAGAAUAAGAAAAUAUUUAGAAUAUAUUUAUGAAAGCAAGCAGAAGAACUAGAUUGAUGAAACAAACCUCUUUUCUAAGCUUUCCUCAUCUCUAAGAAAUGAGCUUAUACAUUAAAUAAAUGAAAAAAUUAUAAAUGAUUGUCAUUUAUUCACAAAGCUAUUUAAUUAAUAAAAUAUGGAGUAGUUUCUAUUCUAGAUUUCAAUUAAUCUAUUAGAAAAAAUCACUAUUCCAGAAGAAAUAAUUAUCAACUAAGAAGAGAGUGGAGGUGACGAUGACUAAAGCAUGUAUUUUAUUUAGGAUGGAGAGGUAGAAAUAUUUUAUUAGCACUCUAAUUCUAAGACUAUUCUAAAGAAACUUGGAGCUGGGAGUUACUUUGGGGAAAUAAGUUUUUUUACUAAUUUGUAAAGAACGGCAUCAGUAUAGAGUGUUAAUUUUGCCAGUCUAUAUUAUUUAAAGAGAUCAGAGUUUAUUAAAAUUCUUUAAAAGUUUCCAAAUUAAAAGGAAAUAUUCUACGAAAUUUCGGAUAAGAUAAAAAAUUAUAACAAUUUUAAUUGCCUUAAUAUUUAAUGCUUUUCUUGCUAGCAAUUAGGACAUAUUUCAAAAAAUUGCCCAAACUUGUCUUUUUAUUUUUUCAAAGACUAAUUCAUUGAAAAAAUGCUUUAAAAUAGAAAGAAAAAGGGAACAGAUUUUUAAAGAAGAAAUAAUUUAAAAUUAGCAACUAUAAGAGAUAUAGACAUAAUAAAACAUUCAUAACAGAAAUUAGAAUAAACACCUUUAAUUCUAUCUUAUAUUAGAGUACAUGAUCUUGAUAAAGAAAUUAAAGAAGACUAAGAAUUUUUAUAAACAGGAAAUAAAUUAGUAAACACACUCAAAAAAGCAAUUUUAAAUUCAUAAAAAAUAAAUACAUCCCAUAAAAACUAGAAAAAGGCUUAAUAAAUAUUUAGUAAUUAACAGAAAAAUGAAUUAAAUUUGUAAAUGGCAUAUUGGACAAAAAUAGAUGAGUUUGAUAAAGUAAAAAUAUAUGAUCACUACUUUAUACAUAAUAAUGUUGAAUAAGCAGAUGAAAAUGAUUAAUUUAUUUAAAAUGGUCAUCUUUUAAAGUCUUCAAAAUUUUCUUUUGACAAAAUUUCUGAAAAAACUCCAUAAAAUCCUUUAUUGAUUCAUAAAAGAAGAAAAUUUGUUAAUGCUUAAGGCACUAUUGAUAAAAUUAUACCAUUUGUAAGUUUAGACUAAGAAUUUAAAUAAUAAUCUUCUUAAAUAUAGUAAUUUUAAGAAGAUCAAUCUGAAUCUUCAGAAUCUUCAGUAAGUAAAAACCAAUCUUAUGAAAUUAGCUAAUCACAAUAAAUUAAUAAACAACCAGUAUAAAAUAUUUAAGAAAAACAGGAAAGCGAAAAUGAUAAAAAUAAUGAUGACUUUGGUUCAUAAGCUUAAACCAUAAAAAAUUCAUAAAAAUUAAUUUUUUUUGAUUAAAUGGAAUAAAACUAUGUAGAAAAUAUUUAAGAUUAUGAAGAUUAUAAUUUAUAGAUAUCAGAUAAUUAAAUUAAUUAUUAUAAUUAGUGCAUUUAAAAUUAAAUAGAUAAAAAGCAAAUAAAUUAAUUAAACCAAUCUAAAUCAUUAUAAAUAGAUUAAAUGUGA